CGUGCGCGGCGAAGUUGGAGCGCAGGAAAGUUCGGAAGUGGGCGGGCGCCUGUGUUUAAAAAAGGGGUGGAAAGCCCGCGGCCGAGUCCGCAGGGAGAAGCGAAGCCCGCCCAGCCGGGCGGGAGCCCCUCCCUCGGCGCGCCGGCCGUGGACACAGGUGCCGCCGCCGCCCGCCGCCGAGGCCGCAGCCCGCGAGCGCGACCCUCGCCCCCAGCGGCGGCCCGGCUCCGUCGGCGAUGAGCGCCCCCAACGCCUCGGCGCCAACCGGCCCACAGCCUCAUCUGUCCACAUUACCUGUCCUGCUCACACCGUCCAGCCCGACCACCCAGCCGGACCUGUUCACAGAGCCCAGCCCCUGGGUGAUCUCCACGGGGACAGACAUCGCCCUUAUUGCAGGCGUUGUCACCGCUGUGGCCUUCGUGCUGCUGUGCCUCCUCUUCCUCACGCUGCACUACAUGUACCGGCACAAGGGCACCUACCACACCAACGAGGCCAAGGGCACGGAGUUCGCCGAGAGUGCGGAUGCCGCCCUGCAGGACGACCCGUCCUUCCAAGAUGCCAGCAGCAGCAGGAAGGAAUAUUUCAUCUGAGCAGAACCGAGCCCCCCCAAGUGCCUCCUUCAAGUCCACGAGAGAGCAUGUGGCACCCACCACCCACCACCUGCGCCCCAGGCAGACUGCAAGAGUGCCCACCACAUGCCGACACACUCACCUGGCCGGGCACACGGGGUGCCGCCCAGGGAGGAGGACUCGGCCUCCCAGGGCCCCCAGGGAUGCGGCAGCCACCCAGGAGACGGUGUGUCUCCGCCAGAGGGAGGGAGCCUGGGGUCCCCGGGGCAGUGCAGUUUGCCAUGGGUGUGGCGUGAAAGUCCCUGCUGGGUGUGCGGGGUGGGUGAGCCGGGUGGCAGUGAGUCAUAGUACUGACUGGGGAUCAUGGCAUCAAAUGUCAGACCUUGACAUCUGGGGGAAACAGCAGGUGCUGGAGCUAAAAGGCACCUUGGCCUCCCAUUGAUUCAGCUCUAAGUGAUGGAAAUAAAUUUGAGAUGUAACGGAG